GAAGGAGACUGGGUGUGAUGAUAAUGUAUUGAUCAGGUUGUGAUGGAUGACCACUGAAGAUAUAUAAGUGAAGUUCUUUGCCGAGCAGAGUUAUAGUCCAGAUCUGUCCAUCCAAAGAGAGAGGCACCAUGCUUUCUGUAGCUCUGUUUUACCUCGUAGCUGUGAUUUGUUCUGCAAGACGGACACAUGCUCUACCUCUGUACCCUGAUACCAACCUGGAGCCACAGGCAGAUUUCCUUCAGAAAUUAGUGUCAGAGGUGGAGGAUGGACCCAACACUGCUGAGGGAGAGCAGAGAGAGGUGAAUAACCUGUAUCCUCUAUUGAUGCAGCACAAUGGAGGGAGAGACUCCUGGAAUAAAGGGGCUAAAGAUUCAGCACAACAAGAUAAAUUUGCUAACAUGGUCGAGGACCUCAGAGAAGUCGUCUUGAAGAUGGCAGCGGCUGACAAGCUUCGCUCUCAGGGUUUUCUUAGAUCAGAGCAGAACUUGCCAAAAACUAACAAAAGAGCAUGUUUCUGGAAAUACUGUGUCACCAACUAGAGCCCAGCAGCUGCAGGACGUUUGGUGUGACUUCGGCACGGCCUGGGUGGCAACGCCUUCACCACUAUCCAUCAUUAUUUUUAUUUUCAUUUUCAUUUUGCACCAAUCAGUAGCCUAUAUUCACCUUCUAUACUGGAUCAACAGAAACUAUAUUUUUGAAGCUGUAAAUUGUUUUGUUUUUGUGUCUGAAAAUAAAAUUGAAUAUCAGAAAUGCCA